UUCUGGCGUAAAAAGAAGCGCCUCAGCGCGCCGUUUUUUGGCUUGUCAACCGAAACCACGCAACAUUUUUCGCUCGAAAUAUUUUACAAAACGUAUCAAUUUCCUAAUGUACUAUUCAAUGGAACGUAGAAAUAGAUGCGCCGUACAAAGUUAAGUGAUAUUCAACACAAGUGAUAAGUUAAAACGGACUUAUAAGCGUUUUCCCACCGUAGUGACCCGCGAACUCUCAACAUGCCUCUGUUAAAAAGGAAAGCAUUUGAGAAAUCAAAGGCGUCGGAGUACCUCAGGGAUGAUGAUGAAGUCUUCCACUGCGAGAUCACCGAUGAGAUAUUCAAAGAUUAUGAGGAAUACUGUGAAAGAAUCAUUCUUGUUAACUCCAUGGUGUGGACAUGUGAGAUGACAGGGAAGAAUAAUUUGACAUACUCAGAGGCUUUACAAAGUGAGAAGGCAGCGAGGAGAGCUUUGAAAGACUUUCCAAUGGAGCUCCGUAUACCAAUACUAUUCCUUGCAAUGCAGACUAAGAGGUGUUCCUUUGCUGAGAUGACUGAGGAUGUGUUCAAUUUUGUGAGGGACCGGUACUUUGUUGGGGAGACUGUUGAGGCUUGCCUGGAGGGGGACCAAUGGAGUGAGGCCCACAUACUGUCCGUCACAGCACAGAAACAACACCCAGACAGGUAACUAUCUUUGACAUCAAUAUUA